AUGCUGCUGGUGGACCCCGGUCUCUACAUCGGCACUGCGGCCGAUCUCAACGACAGCCGGGCACUGGCCGAAGCAGCUGUCACUCACAUCCUGUCUGUUGACUCUGUGGACCCUGCCCCUCUUGUUCCUGCCAAUGGGAACUUCCGCAGGAAGUGGAUCAACGUACUGGAUGAGGUGACCUCUGACCUUCUGAGUCACAUGGAUGACUGCUUCCUGUUCAUUCAGGAGGCUGUGGAUGGAGGCGGGGCUGCGCUUGUUCACUGCCAGGCCGGUCGGAGUCGCAGUGCCACCAUCAUUACUGCUUAUCUAAUGAAGAGACACCAGCUGGGCUUCACUGAGGCCUACCACAGACUGAAGACUGUCAAACAGGACGUACAGUAA